AAUAAAAAUAAAAAUUGGUCAACAGCUUGACUUUUUACAAGAGAGGCUCGAAAUAUUCAAAAGCUGCACAUUUUCGAACCUGACUCAUGGACUAUAGCUCCCACUGCCACCCCCACUGCCACCGCCACCGCCACCACCACCAUUGUCAUCACCACCAUCACCAUCAUCACCCCUUGUUGCCUCAUUGCCCAAUUCACUGCUCUCAAUUGUCCAAACUGAACCCUAAUAUAGCCCAUUUUCUCCCUUUUUCACCACUCAAUUUCUGUAAAGAUUCAAACUUUAAGGUCUCUGAUGGUCUGCAAGCUGCAAAUGAGGAUACCCAGUUGAUAUUGGAAGGGGAUGGGAAAGGGCUGGAAGCAGAAGACGAAGUAGAAUAUGCUUUUGUUCUAACUGAUGAAUGGAAAGAGUUCUUCGCAAAAUCUGAAGCUAAAAGGAGAUUAGCAAAGAAGCAAGCGAAGAAGAAAAUGGGACAAUAGACUCCACAAUCACAACUUUUGUUGGAUUAUAUACUUUAUGAUUCGUGAAGGGGGAUUCUCCUUCAAGUUCCAGCGUGCAAUAUAGAAACUGUUAAGAAGAGAGGUGCAACUUACCCUACCUAGUGCCUUGUACUUUACAAAUGUUUCAUCCUUUUGUUUCUGUGUUCAGAAUUCUUUUUAAUCAAUAUAUAGUAGAUUUUUAGCAUUUGCAAACAUGUAAACCCUUAAGCAUUUUUUGAGACCUAAAAUAUAACUAAUUAAAGGAGGAUUUUUACUUAA